AUCCCUGAUGAUAGUUGCUGGUUUGUGCGUAAUCAGUUUUGUAAUUUCAAGGAUCAAUUCAUAACUUCUGGCAUUGCACCCUUAACUAUAUUAAAUGGAAUUGCCGAUGUCUGACCUGGGCCCUGUCAUACCUACUCUUGAAACUAUGUAUGGAGUUUGCUUAAUCUCUCCCUCAUUUAAUUAAUUCCACUUUCCUAUAUUAACGUAACAUUCAAUAAACAUUCCAUAACGUGCCGGUGGCUCGUUUUUAGUUUACAUAUUUCAUGUUCUCACAUUUUUAAACGGAUAGUCUUUAUCCUCUCUAUCAAUUCCGCCGAGUAUCUUAGUAUAUCGUAAUCGUGUCAUCACUAGUGUGUGUGGGGGAGGUGGGAAGAAAGGUAUGUGCGUUUACAAGUGUCUUAGGUUUGUGUUACUUGAUUAUGCCUGUGCUUUUCCAGGGGUUAAUAUACGUUAAUUUAAUGUUAACAAGUGAGAACCAACAUCGAAAUUAGAUUAGGAAGAAGUUAGCAUAGUGGGACAUGCUGUAAAACUAGAACCAAUAUCAGGCCAAACCAGUCAUGUGACUUAUCUCUCGGUUCACAUCACUGGAACAAAUUUAAAUUGUAUGGUGCUGAAAGUGUAUGGUCUGUAGUCGGUAUAAGGUGGAUGGGAAAUAUGGGGGGUUUGCAGAGAUGCGUAUGGUGGCACUUGUGUGAGAGGGAGGGGUGAUGGAUGAGAGAUAUGGGGGUGUGCAGGGACGCGUAUAGUGGCACUCUUGUAGGAGGGGAAGGGAGGCUAGGUAUUGAGAAGCACGUGAUGGUAGGAGGGAGGUGAGCGAGGGUACUGAGGUAACUGGCGACUAGGUGAGACACAAGCAGACAGGUCGCCACCACUACCACCCACACUAAUCACACUUCGCUCCUCAACACCUCCACUUGUCGCAGAUCUUAUAAUCGACGCGAACUUAGCUCUCCCACUACAGUACGUUGUAUCCGUCUGAGGUAACCAACUUGGCAGUACAUACUGUAAAUAUGGACGGUACUCUGGUAGUGUUUGCGAAUGUUUUCUAAACACGAAAAUAAACCGCAGGAAGGAACGAGUUGAAGUACUGACUCGUGUGUGGUGUUGUAAAUUUCGCAGCGGAGUAAAAUUGUUAGUUGUGGUGUGUGUGUGUGUGAGUGGGCGUGGUUACCCUGACUGCGUGAGAACACAUCAGGAGGUUGUUAUUUGCGCGGUGCUCCGGUCUGCCCCAUCCUGCCAAGCUGGACGCCCUACUCCUGAAGGGAGCCAGGCUCCCCAUCAUCACUCGCAAGAAAUCUAGCACAUCCAACGGUAUCAUCGACUUGCAAGGUCUAUCCUCGAGGCGCUCCCCCGUGGUGAUGGCUCCCAAGGUUCCAGAAGAGCCAGGCGAGGAUGCCACCAUCUCAGGGUGUGAUGGUGAGGAUGAUGAGUCACCAGUCCUGCCGGAGACUGUGGCACUUCUCACCCCUGUCAGCCCCAACAUCACUCCUCCUUCAGACUCUACAUGGCCGCCUCCUUCACCGCGUGUUCCUAUAGCUCGCCCCUCUGCACAUGGCAGCUCCUCGACACCAGACACAGCUGAAGCUGAACCCUCCGGCGCCAGUAGUUUCUUCUCAAGCAAAAAAAUAAUCAGAUGGGUAGGUGUCCAUGGAGGACAGGCAAGUGAGGAGGUUCCUGGAAGCAGCAAUGCCCCAGCAACACCCACCACCCCACACAUUGUAGUCUCCACCAGCAAGGAUGAUACAGCCAACACCAAGAACAACACAGACAAGUCACAGUUUGAUACACCCAGCCAGCAGCUUAAUGCAUCUAGCAGCAAUGGGCAAGUCCUCAAUAACCCGUCUACCCCAGCUCCACCACCCACACCUGCAAACAACGCAGAAGAAAAGAAACUGCGACUUGAAAGAUUAUCAUUGAAUACCACCAUGCUGGAGUUCCAUGAGGGUCGUCGCCAGUCACUUGAUUUCAAUAUGUACAGAAAGACCCGUCGAAAUUCUAUGAAUGAGAUGUUUAGACGUAUAGGAGGCAGUCAAACUAACCUCCAAGGUAACAGCCUCCCAUCAGCUAACAACAUUCGUCAUUUUAGUUCACGGAACAGCUUGGUGCCAUCGGUCGUGGACUGGAAGCAGGAAGGAAAUGAUUCUCUUAUUGCAUGCUUGAGUGCCCUGUAUGGUAAGCUGCUGGUGGUAAUGGGUAUGGCCUUUCCAAUAGCUGAGGUCAUCUCGCACGAUAUUCCCAUUUCUUUCUAUAAUGGAUUCUACCUUUACCUGUACAUUGGAUCAAUAAUCUUCUUAGUAUAUGCUUAUGUAUUCCUCUUGCGAUCACUAAACCUACCUACCGAGCACCUCAAGUCAAAGUUUCAGUCUCUAAGGAGCUACAUGGCUAUACCUGACCUAAAUGUGGUCUUCCCUCGUCGGAACACAUCGCAACUUGAGGGUACAGGAGAUCUAACAAGAGGGCAGGUGAGAGAGAGAGCUAGAGAGCAAUCGUGCGAGAGGGAGUGGGUGAGCGAGCAAGAGACCAAGCGAAUGAGAGAGAUAAAGAUACAAGGACGUAUGUCACGCAGAGAUUCUCGUGUGUCUGGCUGCUCAGAUGUAGACAAGGAAUCAGACCGUGCAUCUGUCAACACAAUGAGCUUUAAACCUCCAAAGUUUGCCAUUACUGGAUCUAACAAUCAUGGUUCAAUGUACCUCAAAAUGGGUGCAGUAGUGUUUGGGAUUGGCAGUAUGAUCUACAGUGGUCUUGAAGUUGGGCAGUACUUUGAGCUGAAGGCAGAUGAUGACUGUGCAAAUGUUCUCCUUGUUGUAUCCCCAGCUGCACGUAUGCUCUUCACUUUCAUCCAGAUGUACUUCAUCUUCCUUAACUCGAGGGUUGCUAUUAGCCGCCAUCGCAUUAUUGCAAGAUUUGGCUUAAUGCACAUGAUUGGAACUAAUCUCUGUAUAUGGCUGAAUGUCCUCGUUCAAGAAACAAAGCACGAAAUUAUAAACUUGACACUUGGCCAUGGGCAUCAUGGUGGAGGAAAUCUCUGGCUACAGGUCAUAGGGGCAAGUCACCCCAAGACACCAGCUCACCAUGAAGAUAAUCAUGGAGAUUUAAAGGCUGUCUUGGGCCACCAUGCGGAUGAACCUCAUGACAUCAUGGAUGACAACACAUUACAUCAUGUGAUAAAUGAUUCUCAUCAUAUACCACAUGUUCCUGAUUUAAAUGCUGUUCAUUUGGCAUCAGGAUCAGGUGAUAAUCAUAAAAUUGUUAGGAGAAGCUCUAAUGAUGGAGCAUUUAGUAUCUAUGAAUGUCGUCGCUCUCAACUCAUGGGUCAGCUUGUCGAUAAUGCAUCUCCCUUCCUCUUCCCUUGUACUAUUGAGUACUCUCUACUUUGUGCUGGUGUCCUCUAUGUGAUCUGGAAGAACAUCAACAAACCUGAAGUGGCUUAUGAUGGGGAUUCGGACAUUUCCACUUAUGUAGCUCGUAAAGCCCGCCAUCAUUACUCGGUGGAUUGUGCUCAUGCUAAUCGUGGUCUUUUUAUGGGCAUCCUUGUCCUUGUGCUUACCAUCAUCUCCCUGAUUCUAUUUUUUGUGCUUAUCAACAAUGAAGAUUACAAGUCUCUAGCAAUAUUGGAGGCUAGUAUCAUCGAACUUUCUGUAUAUGGUGUUGCAACUGUAACCGUGGUUAUAGGGAUGAUACAGAUGCGAGAAUUAGAAUUUGUACCAGAUGGAGAGAUAGAGCUGGACAACAUCCUUCUACUAAUUGCUCAGACUGGUGUUUACAUCUAUACUUCCUUCACUGUCAUUGGAGGACACUUCACUUUAAGAGAUCACAUGGUUCUACCACUUCUGUCUGCUAUUAUCACUCUUAUUCAGACAACUCUGCAGACCAUUUUCAUUUUGGAUGCAACCAGACGGUGUUGUUACAAUCAUGAGCAGCUUGAACGCAAACCAGGCAGAGAAAUGGUAACUUUUCUGCUAGUGUGCAAUUUGGCGAUGUGGGCCAUAAAUACAUUUGAAACUUCACGUGCUGAUGCACAUCCUACCCAACUCAACUUUUAUGGUAUCUGGGCAUGGACUAUCAUCUCUCAUGUAUCUAUGCCUCUUGCCAUAUUUUACAGAUUUCAUGUAACUGUUUGCCUUUGUGAAAUUUGGAAGAGAUCAUAUAAAUUAAAAAGUGAUUUCUAAAAAAUUAAAUAUAAUUGUAAAUAGUUAUAAUUAAAGAAUACUGGAAACAUACAUAAUAAAUACAUUACUUUUAUUCUUUGUAUUCAAAGAAAACAAAAGUACAAAGAAAUUAAUGAGAUAGUACAUAUACAGUAUAUUGGUGUAAUAUAUGUCAAACAGCCACUUACAUUGGUUGUGCACUGUUGAAUGAUAAAAAAAUCUGUAAUAUUCAGAUUAUUAGUGUGUAUUUUGUGCCAAAGACAGUAAAUCCAGAUUUCAGUCACUUACACAAGUGUUCACUCACAUGACCAGGGAACUA